AUGGCAUUAACCCUCGUAGGGUUGUCUUCUUCAUUGCACUUCCAGAGGAUUGAUCAUGGUUCUGAAAUCAAUUUUCACAAAAGAAACAACAAUAUUAUGAGUUAUAAAACCAAACAACCCAUCGUGAUGAUCAAGAACAACAACCCACAUGACCAAAACCACCCAACAACAACUGAUCAUAGAAUUUCUAAAGCAUGCAGCAGACAUGAUUUCGAGAAGCUGAUUAAGGAAACCAAACAAGUCCUUUCCAAAAUGGGAUCAGAUCAAGAGAGUCUGGUAAUGAUCGACGCCGUCCAACGGCUGGGAAUCGAAUACCAUUUCAAUGAAGAAAUUGAAACCAUUCUUGGGAGACACUAUGUUCAUUUCAACAACGGUAAUAAUAAUCAUGAUGAAUACAGGCGCCUUUACCAGGUUUCCACAUGCUUUCGUUUGUUAAGACAACAAGGCUACUACGUCUCUGCAGACAACGCUUUCAAGAAAUUUAAGAACAGUAAAGACGGAAAAUUCAAGAAGGAAUUGACAGUUGAUAUCAAAGGACUUAUGGGUUUAUACGAAGCAUCGCAGCUGAAUAUCGGCUCAGAAGAUUUAGUGCUUGACGAAGCCGGGGAAUUCAGUGCUCGGUUCUUAAAUGCUUCAAUAGGUCGUCUUUGUGAUCGUGAGGCAAGAAUGGUUGGCAACACCUUGAAGCACCCUUAUCACAAGAGCUUGGCCAGAUUCAUGGCCAAAGAUUUCCUUAAGGAUUUCAGUGGCUUGAAAGAUGGAUGGCCAAAUAUGGUCAAGGAACUUGCUAGGAUGGAUUUUGAUAUGAUCCAGACUUUGCAUCAAAAGGAAGUUAUUCAAGUCUCCAAAUGGUGGAAAGACAAAGGGCUGGCGAGAGAUCUAAAGUUUGCUAGAGACCAACCUGCUAAAUGGUAUUUAUGGCCAAUGGCAACCAUUACCAACCCUAAAUUUUCUGAGCAAAGAGUUGAACUAACAAAGCCAGUCUCAUUUAUCUACCUCAUAGAUGACAUCUUUGAUGUUUAUGGGUCACUAGACCAACUCACUCUAUUUGCAAAAGCCAUCGAAAGAUGGGACUUUAGAAUGGUAGAACAAUUACCAGAAUGCAUGAAAAUCUGCUUUAGGGCACUCGAUGACGUCAUCAAUGAUUUUUCAUGCAAAGUAUUCAAUCAAAGAGGUUUUAAUCCUGUCGACAUUCUUCGAAAGGCGUGGUCGAAUCUAUGUAAUGCAUUUUUAGUAGAAUCGAGAUGGUUUGUUUCUGGGAACUUACCUAACGCAGAAGAUUACUUGAAAAAUGGGAUUAUCAGUUCCGGUGUGCCUCUCGCGUUACUUCACCUCUUCUUUCUACUCGAAACAGAUAUCAACUCAACAAUGGCGGCUAAUAAUCUAUUGAAUGAUUCUCCCUUGAUUUUCUCUUCAAUUUCCACAAUUUUUCGCCUUAGCGACGAUUUAGGAAGCAACAAGGACGAGAAUCAAACCGGAGAAGACGGGUCGUAUGUGGAUUGCUUCAUGAAGGAUCACAAUGGAUGUUCGGUAGAGAUGGCGAGGAAUAACGUAAUGAGGAUGAUUUCGAAUGAGUGGAAAUGCAUUAACCGUGAAUGUUUGAUUUCUUUGCAGCAAUUCUCGCCAAUCCUUAAGGAUUGUUGUGUGAAUACGGCAAGGAUGGUGCCUCUUAUGUACAACUACGAUCAAAAUAACAAACUUCCGCUCCUUGAGAAAUUCAUGCCAACAAUGCUUCAUAAGCAUGAAUGAAUGAUUUACAAAAUGGUCCAACCAAAU